AUGCUCUUUCACAAGUUGGUACAGACACCGGUGGAGCUCGUGCCAAAAGAUGAAUUGGCAGACGCCGUGUAUGCGAGCGUGAAGCUAGAGGGCCUUUUGGGAGACGCCAGAAUCUUGCAAGCAGAAGCGGAUCCUGCCUCAGACCCAUACGACAACUCAACCAAAGACACAACGGGCCGUCUAAGCGCCAGCAACGCAUUCACAAACACAGACACAAACACAGACACAAACACAAGCACAGACACAAACAAAAGUACAAGCACAAACGCCCAUCCUAACAUCGGUUUGGAUGCCAACGCAAGCCAUUCUGGAUUGACCGGCCCUUCUAAUCCGAACGCCAGCGGCUAUCCCACACAAACAGUUGCGAGAUUCUACAACAACAAAACUGACGUGGCUGCAAAAGAAACAGCCCAAGAGUCAGGGGCUGCAAAAGACACAGCGCCAAAGUGGCGUCUCCGAACGCUUCUCGCAGGCGCACACCAGGGGUGGGUGCGCUGUGUGGCGGUGGACCCGGUCUCCAACGCAUGGUUUGCCACGGGCCUGGCCGACGCCUCCGUCAAGGUCUGGGACUGGGCCGGCUCCGUUCGCGCCACCAUCUCCGGCCAUAUCUUGGGCGUGCGCGCGCUCGCCAUCUCGCCCCGUUACGCCUACAUGUUUUCGGGCAGCGAAGACAAGUCGGUGCGGUGCUGGGACUUGGAGCGCACAUCCUCCCCCGCAGGCUGCCAAGUCCGCACCUACCACGGCCACGUGGGCGGCGUGUACGCGUUGGCUUUGCAUCCUGAGCUCGACGUGCUCUUUUCCGCCGGCCGUGACGGCGCCGUGCGUGUUUGGGACAUGCGCACGAGGGCCGCCGUCAUGGUGCUCACAGGCCACCGCGGCGACGUGACGUCCUUGGCAGCACAGGCGGCAGACCCGCAGGUUUGUUCGGCGGGCAUGGACGGCACAGUGCGUCUCUGGGAUUUGCGGCUGCAAAAAACCCACUUGACCUUGACGCAGCAUGCGUGCGGCGUGCGUGCGCUAGCCAUGCACCCGCACGAGUCCACCAUGGCCACGGCCGACGCAAACGGCAUCAAACAGUGGGUGUUGCCUGGAGGCGAGUUGCUUGCACAGUUUGGAGGGUUGGCUGCAAAUAACGGUGCCCCCGAUCCGGCCGGGAAUAUUGUCAACACACUUGCAAUCAACCCCGCCUCCAACGAGCUUGUGGCGGGCCACGCCGACGGCGCCUUGCGUUUCUACGACUACGAGUCGGGCGCGCGCACCUUCACCGCGCGCUCUGUUCCGGCGCAGGGCGCGGACCGCACCACCAUAUACGCGGCAUCAUUCGACAUGCUGGGCCUGCGGUUGGUGACGGCAGAAAGCGACAAGGCGGUGAAAAUCUGGGCACCGGAUGUGCAAGAUAUUUGA